CACAGAAAAAAAACAACAACAACCAAAAAGGCUAAGGAAAAUAGACUGAAACGUUUAUAGGCUGAUAUACAGAACUUGACUCAUUUCAUGCCCUAAAGGCCUGCGAACCAGUAAUAAGCUAUUAAUCGAUUCCAAGAAAUGCAAUCAAAGGCAGAAUAGCUUGAGCACAUCGAACUCAAUUGAAUUUUGAACGACUUCAAAUGCAGAACAUUUAGCUAAAUUGCAGUAUAGCUAGUGUUUCUUAGUAUAACGACUGCCUGGGUACAUGUAGCAUUUGAAGCGUCUAGUUGUGUAUUAAUUUUUAGUGGUUUUAUUGUUUAACUUUCUGCCAUUUAUCUCCAGUUCUGCAAAAAAGAAGCAUAGCUUCCAUGUUUUCUAGAAAACAAGAGUUUCAUGUUAUGUACCUUUGGGAGGAAAUGAAAAGCAUUAAGUUACGAAAAUUGGAGUGAAAAGUUUAAUUGUCACAUUUGCUAUUGGAACUUGUUAUUGAAUUAAAAUGAACAAGAAUCAACGUAAAACAUGACUGUAAAAUUCAAUGCUGUCUUGAUAAACAGCGGUCUUAAAUUAUGAUUUAGACCUUCAUUGAAAAUACACUCAUGAAACACACACACUGCUAAGAUGAUGUCUUAUCCAGGUUUCUGUGUGUCCCUAUUCUACGAGGCAAAAAGUCCUGGCUGACUACCAGCUGAAGGUAAAUACAAACCGGCAGUGAACGGAAGGGGUGAGGACCUCUGUGAAUAUUGUGUCAGAGCUGAACAUUGCACUCUGUAGUAUCUGAAAUUGUUUCGCUAGUUGAAAUCUAUGAGUUAUGCAAGUUCAUUUUGUGCACAUGGUUAAUUUUUGGAAAAUAAGUGGUAUGUGAAUUCAAUAACUUUCAUUUUAAGGUUUAUCAAAUUUUCAAUAGCUGAUUACCAAGGUCAAUUGCACUUAUUAGAAAGGGGGCCAUUAUUGGAAGGGGCACUAAAUCGAAUCAUUACAAUUAUUUCCAGUUGAUCUUUAUUUUGUACCAUUCCUAGUUACUAUGUCACUUGUCCUGGAUGGUUCCAGGGGGUCCUGAGGGCUUUCUUCCCUGGAAAAUUUUUAAAAUUGACUUCCUCGGAAAUGGGAUUUCCAGCAUUCAGAGGCCAAGUCAGCAUGUUAUAAUGUUUCAUUUUUUUUUAAUUAAGGGGCUUCAACCGACCCCCCCCCCUUCCCCGACACCCCUAGAUCUCCCCCAGCUUGUUUCAUGUAACAGUAGGUCUUAAGGUAUCAUGGUGGGUACAAUUUUAUGGAAAAUGCAAAACAUUUUUUUUUUGCUGUUCAAAUUGAGAAGACUGCUAAGUUGCAAUCUCCGGUCAUCUCAACGAAGUGAACCUCGCUGGACAAGUGAUAAGUUGAAAUGUUGCUCUGAGUUUCCCACCUGUACUCAGAGUAGAGCCAGUGGAAGCAGUUUAGUCUUUCCAACUUUGACCCUAGUUUGGGUAACCUGCUGCCUAAAGAGUAGAUCCUUUUAGGAAGUGGUAGAGUACUCAAGAAGUUGGGAGAAACACUCGACUACAUCUCAUGUUUCCCCCUACAUUUCUCUCUUGCUCUAGCCACUUUCUGUGUGCUUUACAACAGAAUAUAGCACGGUCGGGGCUUCUUUAUUUGUUAAAUUUGUUGAAGAAGAAAUAAGCACCCUGUCCCCUUAUAAGCAUCGCUUCUCCAGCAAGUGUGCUCCCAUGAGCUACCAAAAGUACAAUGUAUAAUUAUAAGCCCUCUGGGUGCGAAAUUGAAUCAUUACAGUACUUUAAAAAGGUAGGAAAAUACAGAGAUGCAAGUUUGGUUGUACACAAGAGUAAUCAAUUUGCUUGGGGCAGAAUUCCUCCGGAAAGUGUAACUUGCAAUUGACAGGAAUGGCAAUCUCUACUUCUUCUCAGACCUCAGCCACCCACCUCUAUGCUUAACACAUGACAUUUUAACACUGCCAUGCGCUGUUCUGGAACCCAGAGAAAUCAACACUAAUUAUUGUGACUGGUAAAUAUUUUGACUCCUGUUUCAGGUUUGUGGGCUAUGACACUGUGCGUGAGGCAGAAGCAGCAAUACAAAAGUUUGACGGGUUUGAUUUGGGACAAGGUCAUCGGCUUAAGGUUGCACUUGCCCUGUCGAAACAGAAACCAGACUUUGGAGACUUAAGAGACAUAUCAAGUGAUGGUGCAAACAGAAGAAUACACGAACAUAUUGAUGAUAGUGCAGCUUCAAGGACGUCCUUGUAGCUUCUGUGGCCAGUUGGGGCUAAAGUGGUGCUCAACAUGUAAAACGCCAUACUGCAGUCGGGACUGUCAAAGGAAUGACUGGCCUAAGCACAAACGUACUUGCGUACAGCAACCACUUGCAAACAGAAAACCAACUACCUCACCAGACGGACCUAGGACGGUUUUUAAAACUGAUACUUCUUUCAAACCCGCUGAAGGAGUUGCUAUGCUACACACAACCUCAGCUGUUUUACCUGUACCUCCUGGGGAUCCUGAACAACCAACUGAUGGACUUUCAACCUCUACUGCACCUGAAGACCAACAUACUGAAGCAGUAUCUGAGAAAAAAGAUCCAGAUGAUCUAGAGACGGGAGAAGAUUUUGACGUUUACAAUGCUGAGAUGUUUGCCAAAAUGAUGGGCUUUGAUCCCACUCCAGUGAAAGUUGCUGAAAAUGGUGAAGACAGUGAUUGUGAAGACAGUGACGGUUCUAGCGCUCCAACUUCAGCAUUAAUAGAUAAUUGCAUGCAUCAAGAUCCUUUUCCUGACGCGUCUGCAGCACAAACAAAAGGACCAGUUCUUCACACAGCAAUCACAGAAUCAUCUGCUCAAGGACCUGUUCCAGAGCACAUCAUGGAAUUAGAAUCAGUUACACUGCCAACAGUUGACAUUGCAAGCAACGAAAAUUGCACGCCACACCAUCCAACGAGUACCAAAGAUGAGAAACGUUUCUUCAUUAAACAACUUAGCAUGGAAGCUGUGCCAUCAGAAGAUUUUUUUGAAGUUGUUGUCACAGAAGUUGAGAAUCCAAGCUGCUUUUGGGCUCAGUUGCGUACCCCUGAAGCGUUAGAGAGGCAGAAUAAACUGAAAAAACUUCUUCAAGUAUCCUACUGUAAUUCUGCCUUUGAAAACUAUCUUCCAAGUACUGGUGAAGUAUGUGUUGCCAAGUUUAGCUUGGACAGUUGUUGGUAUCGAGUGAAAGUUGACUUUGUUAACAAUACAGGAACCCUGAGGGUGACGUACAUAGAUUUUGGUAAUCAUGAAGACAUUGCACUAGAUAAAGUGCGCUGCAUAUCAGAGGAUCUUGCCCGUGUUCCUAGACAAGCUCUCAAGCUUUCUCUACAUGGAAUAGCAGAUAUUUCUUCAUCUGUUCAGUGGGCGUCAGAAUCAACCACUUUUCUCAAAAGUAAAGUCUUAGGCAUGAAGUGCAAAGUGCAUGUAUGUGGACAGCACGAUGAAAUGUUGUCUGUUAAAUUAUCUGUUCCUGACGAUACCGUCAACUCCGGCAAUACAGUCAAUGAAGACUUUAUGAAAGCUGGCUUUGCUGAAACUAGGCGACAGCAACCCUCUCCACCGCACCCUCCAAAACAACCUGAUAAUGAUGAAAACACAGGGUUUAGCAACAUUGCAAGGCAACAAGCUGACAGACCAAACAGCAAACAAGAUCACGAAAAUGAAUGUGAACAACAAAGAUAUAAUCCUAACCAAGACAAAUGCUCACGUGAUUCAGGCAGAAAUACUUUACUGCACAUGCAACACAGCAACCCUCCAGGAAAGUCCUCUGAACCACAAAAAAGAAGGGAGCCAUUCGAAGCCAUUAUCAAUGCCAUUGUGAGUCCAUGGGAAUUCUAUGCAAUGAAAACUGACAAACAACUCCUAGGCAAGCUUGAGUCAUUAAUGCAGGAUUUAAAUCAGCACAUGUCUGGAAAUUCUUCUCCCCCUGAGUGUCCAGCACCACGACCUGCCCCUGGGGAUAUAUGUGCUGCCCGGUUCUCAGUGGAUAGUGUUUGGUAUCGUGCUUUAAUUUUAGAGCAUGUUUCUGGUGGUUUCCGAGUUCGUUACAUAGAUUUUGGAAACAGUGAGGUUGUGCCAUAUGGUGAUAUUUGUCCUUUGCCUCAGCAAUUCCAGAGUUUUCCUCCCCUCUCACUGACUUGUUCCCUGGCAGGUGUGAGGAAACCAAGAGGACAGAAUUGGUCUGUGGAGGCAAUACAGCAGUUCAAGUCUUUGGUGGCUGAGAAGCCAUUUUUGUGUAGGAUUGUCUACACACAUGGAGAUACUAAUAUUGUUGAAUUGCUUGAUCCAUGUCGGGGUGGAGAGCAGACAGUAGCCAAGUCCCUUAUAUCUUCAGGUCUAGCAGAUGUAUUCAUUUCUAAAGAUGGAAAUAAGCACCAAUCUGAUGUGAAAAAAGGACCACAAUUUGCACCACAACAACUAAAGGAUGUUGCUACAGUAGUAGCCAAGAGCCCAUUGGAUGAUCACACAAGGUCACCAUGUAACCCUCAACUUCCAGGCUUCCCACGUCCUGGCGGCACAGGUGUUUCAGCAAGAGAUGACUUCUCCGGUUCUUUUAAGGUAGAUGGGGUAGAGUCUACUGUGUUUGAACAAGCAAUCCAAGCGGCAUUGCCUCAGGAUGUGAGAUUUGAUGUUCUGGUGACAGAAGUGGUGUCCCCAGGGCUUAUUUACUGUCAGCUUGGAACUGUCGAAUCAUUGCAGAAUGUUGCUAAGUUGACCCAAGAUAUGAAUUCGCAUUACAAUGUUGUAAGUUACCCCCCUUUUGUUCCACAGGAGAAUAGCCUAUGUGCAGCACACUUUGCUGAAAGUGGAGACUGGUGUCGGGCCUUUAUCACGAAAGUUUCCAUAGAUGGUUCUGUUCAUGUGCAUUACCUUGAUUACGGGAACACAGAAAUGGUUCCACCAGUUCGCGUGCGACCACUCCUUCAACAGUUCAGUUUUGAAGCCUUGCCAUUUUCAGCACUAAGAUGUUCAUUAGCAAAUAUUGCCUCGCCGGAUGCAUCAGGUUGGUCUGACGAAGCAGUGGCAUUUGUUAAAGCUCACAUUCCAUUAUUUAGUCUAUGCGGUGUGCGCUUGGUUGGAAAACAAAGAGGAAAGCUCUUUCUUGACGUCAUAGCAAAAGAAACAGGUGGAAGUGUCAGUAAAACAAUGGUUAAUCAGGGGCUAGCAAUUGCAAUGGUUAACGUUUCAGAUAAGCGAUGUAGUGUCAGUUCAUUGGAGUCCCUUGUCUACCAACCUGCAGUUCAGUCAGUUACAUUGCCUCAAGACAGGUCACUUUUUGAUGUGAUGGUAACCGAGGUUACAAAAUCCGGUGUGUUCUUCAUACAAGUAGCAGACCAUGACACAGCCCAGAAUUUGAAGAAACUUUCUGAGGACUUGAAUACGUUCUAUCACUCAUCAAAGCCGAUGUCUUACGAGCCUCGGCCAAACCAGUUUUGUGCAGCCUACUUCGCAAAAACCGGUGACUGGUGCCGUGCGUUAGUCAGAGAAAUAGGUUCUGAUGGUUUGGUUCAGGUGCAUUAUGUUGACUAUGGAAACACCGAGAAGCUUCCGAUAUCUAGUAUCCAGCCGCUUAUGGAUAAUUUCACUACAUCUCCUUUCUUUGCCUUACCAUGUUCAUUAGCAAAUAUCGCACAACCAGAAUCUCCUGGAUGGGCAGAUGAAGCAAUGAAACUUAUCAAGGAAAAUGUUCCCGUGUUCCAUCGACUAAGUGCCAAAGUGGUAGGCAAACGUCGAGGAAUGCUGUUUGUUGAUUUCUUGAUUUCAAAGGAUCACCCGCGUUAUCUCAGUCAGUUAUUGCUGCAUGAAGGCUUUGCUGAAAGGUUCACGAGAGUCUAUAGGCAAGGUGGGGAAGCUCACAGAGAAAUCCAGAGGGAUCUUUCUCGACCACAAGAGGAAUCACUGUCAGUAAACAGUGCUGCAUCUUCACGUGUGGAAGCAGACGUGUUUGAGCCAGCUUAUCAGUCAAUUCAAGUUCUUGAUUCCUUUGAUGCCAUGCUAACCAGUGUUGUAUCCCCAGACCUACUCUUUAUUCAAGUUCUGAGGCAUGAAAAGGUUGAGAGCUCGAAGCAGCUCUCAGAAGGUUCCACCAAUCCACCUCCACCCAUGGAGGAUUUAAAGUGCUCAUUGUCUGGAAUCCGUCCUGCAUGCUCUAGUGGAUGGUCUGACACUGCUCGUGAAUUACUGCUGUCCCAAGUGCCAUUGUUUAGCUGUGUGAAUGUCAAAGUGAUAAGAAAGGAAAAUGGGUCAUUAGUUAUUGAUGCAACGUCUUCGAAUUCUCCCAAACAAGAGACAUUGAGCCAGUUUCUUGUUAGUCAAGAUGUUGCUCGGUGGGAAGAUUUACCAAGCCCACCAAAGAAACACAUGCAGCCGCUGUGUGAAAGAGGGUAUUCAGGACAACACGCUGAACUGCCUAGCCAAUCUCCCUCAGGAGCUGUUUGUAGCAGCAGCAACCGGGUUUAUGCUUCAGCAAUUCCCCUAGUGGAUGUUUCACAGAACGUUUCCUACGAGGUCAUUAUAAGUGAAGUUCAACAACCCAACAGGAUCUUUUUUCAAGUCAUGAGUCGAGAAAAUGAAGAGGGACUUGCAGCAUUGUCAGUAAUGUUGAAUACCCAUUGUUCCACAGCUGAUAACAGCCCAUAUAAGCCCGAAAUUGGGGAGCUAUGCUGUGCUCAAUUUACUGAUGACGGAAUGUGGUAUCGUGCAGUUGUUGAACAAAAACUUUCAGACUCCAGGAUGUUGGUAAUGUUUGUUGAUUAUGGUAACCAAGAUUCCGUUGCGGUUGACUCCAUCAGACGAAUCACCACCGCGUUCACGCGAUUUCCCUUGCAAGCCAGGCAGUGCUUUUUAACAGGUAUCCAGCCACAGUCCUGUUGGUCGCAAGAUGCUGUGAACUUCUUAAAAGGGCACUUAAUAGGAAGGCACUUCGUUGCAGAGAUUGAAGGCGUGACAGGAAAAGAACUGGGACUGAAGUUGUUUGAAGUUAGCCCUGGUCGGAAGCCACAUGGGAUCUCCAUCAACCAAGAUUUGAUUCUACGCAACUUUGCUGCAAGUCAUGAAGCCUGCUUUUAUCGAAGGCUUGAGAUGAAUGACCCAAAGGAAGAUCAGUUUGAUGUUCUUAUAACAGAAGUUAUACAUCCUGGGGAGAUAUGGGCACAAGUCAUGUAUGCUGAGUCGCACCACUUACUUAAUUUACUCAUGAAGCAGAUCAACCAACACUGUAUGUCAACAACCGUGCCUAACAUCAUGCCCAACCCUGGCCAGGAAUGUUGUGCACUCUUCACCCUGGAUAACACGUGGUACAGAGCACGUGUGUUGGAAUACGCUAAACCAGGAGAGAUUGUAGUCCAAUAUGUAGACUUUGGCAACAGUGAAUUGGUAACACCAGACAAGAUAAGGUCCACAAGAGAAGAAUUCUUUGACCUCCCUGCCCAAGCUCUCAAGCUCAGCUUAGCGAAUGUUCGCCCUGCCUGCCACGUUUGGAACCAAGAAGCAGUGGAAUGGCUUAAACACAUAGUAAACAAAAAACUCAAGACCAAAGUUGUUCAUCGCUUGCCCCAACAUUUGGUUGUAUUGCUGGAAGACUGGGCCGCACCUGAAGGCCCAUGCAACAUAAACGAGGAGUUGGUGCGUAUGAAAUUCGCAGUUAAAUGUUGAAUGCUCAUUGGGAGAAAAACAUGUCAGCAAGUCACCUGUACUGAUGGUCGAGUUAAAUAACGGGAACUUUAUGUUCUGUAUUAGUCAAAACUUGCGUGGUUUAUUUUGGUUAGCUGUUCCAUCGUAUAUUUUUUUUAACGAAGAGAGUUGCCGUGAGUUCUAGUAGAGUGCUGAAUGAGACUUAACUGUCGCCUGUAAAAAGAAUUAUUAGUCUACAUGUAUUGAUAGAAUCGUCUUUCCUUUUGGUGAUACGAGUUAUAUAUUCUGCUUAUAUGUUUUCCCUUAAAUUUAAAUUUUACUACAAUUAUUCCCUCUUAAGUUGAGUGUAGAUAUUUACCCUUAAAGUACUGUGUACAGAACACAUUCAGUUUUUUGUUCGAACUCAUUACUUUAUCUGUAGUUACAAUCAAAACUGUCCAAGUGUUCCAACUAAAUAAGCCUGAUGAUUACUUGUAAUUUAAUAAUUGUUGUGAGAUUUAGUCGUGUCACACAGCAUACAAACUCCUGAAAAUCAUUUUUGGCCACCCUUAUUAUCUGAUAUGAAAAGGUCCGUCACUCUUGAAGGUUUGUAGUUUGAAGUGUUAAAAUAAGUUAAUUUGGUAUAUGGAAAGCACGUUCAUGUAAAUGACAUGUUGAGCGUUGUCUGUGAUUUAUUUCCUAUUAAAGUACUUUAAAUUAUC